AUGGAGAAAAGUCUGAUUCUAGCACCACAUGUGUUCCUCACGUUGGACGACUUGUCUAGAGCCGGGAAGCAUGUCCUUCGUUUUGCGAGAAUGAAGGGUGCACAAGCUUCCCCACUGCCUCAAUCCAUUGUCGAGAAACUUGUACCUGUAGAUUUGAUCCCCUUUGUACAAAUUUACCAGUGGCCAGAUAAUGAAGUAGCGGCUAUUGUUGUCAACACUUCUAUAGUACAUGAAACGCAACGUUGGGAGUUAGCCGAGGCGUUGGUUUCCGCUCUGAGUCAGGCAGACGUUCAGCAGCUUACGAUCAUUGCAGCCAUGCACUUGCCGUAUGCCAAAGACAAUGCAUUAAAUGUGUUUUAUAGUGAUCUUAACGUUGGCGAAGAUUGGAAAGCGGAUGUGGCUAUGCUGCCGCAAGCCGAUCGAUCCUGGGAACUCAAGGAUCCAUGGCUAAGUGCGUUUCUGCACUUCAUCUCCGUAGAGCAGUGGCCACGAACCCACUUACUGCUGGCCAAGGGGUACAAACCUGGUCGAGAUUUGUCUGGUACUUAUGAAGCGGUAAACCAUUUAAGCCAAGCAAUAGAAAUCUAUACAAAGGGAAAAAUGACAUUCGACGUAUUAGAAGUGCAACGUAAUUUGCCUCGACUUUUGGCGGAAGAGAAGACCGUUGCAACUGCUGGUAAUGAUUAUUACACUUUGCUAUACCAAUAG